CCCCGGGAGCAGGGGAAGGGCGAGACCAGGGAGAGGAUCACGGGGAUUAAGAGGCUUUGCAAUGCCGAUUGCCAUGAGGCUGGAGACAGCGCAGGAGCUGGAGUGUGCGGCGCUGGGCGCUUUGCUGCGGGAGCCGCGGGAGGCCGAGGGCACGCUGCUACUCGACUGUCGACCGUUCCUGGCCUUCUGCCGGAGCCACGUGCGCGCCGCGAGGCCCGUGCCCUGGAACGCGCUGCUGCGGCGCCGUGCGCGCGGUACCCCCGCCGCCGCCCUCGCCUGCCUCCUGCCAGACCGCGCGCUCCGGGCACGCCUGGGUCGCGGGGAACUGGUCCGCGCAGUGGUGCUGGACGAAGGCAGCGCAUCUGUGGCAGAGCUCCCGCCCGACGGCCCCGCUCACCUGCUGCUAGCUGCACUGCUGCACGAGAUGCGCGCAGGAUCCACAGCCGUGUGCUUCCUGCGAGGUGGCUUCCAACGCUUCCAGGCAUGCUGUCCUGAUCUAUGCUCUGAAACCCCUGCCCAGGCACUAUCUCCUGCCGGGGCAGAAAAUAACAGCUCUGAUCUUAGGGGUCCCAUCUAUGACCAGGGUGGUCCUGUGGAAAUCUUGCCCUACCUGUACUUGGGCAGCUGCAGCCACUCCUCAGACCUUCAGGGGCUGCAGGCCUGCGGUAUCACAGCCGUUCUCAAUGUUUCUGCCAGCUGCCCCAACCACUUUGAGGGGCUUUUCCAUUACAAGAGCAUUCCAGUAGAAGAUAACCAGAUGGUGGAGAUUAGUGCCUGGUUCCAGGAGGCUAUUGGCUUCAUUGACUCAGUGAAGAAUAGCGGGGGCCGGGUGUUGGUGCACUGUCAAGCCGGGAUCUCCCGCUCAGCUACCAUCUGCCUGGCAUACCUGAUUCAGAGCCACCGGGUGCGGCUGGAUGAGGCCUUUGACUUUGUUAAGCAACGUCGGGGAGUCAUCUCCCCCAACUUCAGUUUCAUGGGGCAGCUGCUGAAGUUUGAGACCCAGGUGCUAUGUCACUGAGUCAAACCCUGGCCUGGUCCCACGGUGCUGCCUCUCACCCACUCCUGGGGGAAGCUUCUGUGGACUUCUGGACUCCUCUCUAGUCUAGCUCACCGCUCCCCACCUCAUUCUCAAGUUGGGGUGCUAGGAAAGCCAGGAUGAUGGCUUUUCUGAUAUGGUGCUCAUCUGCUGGGGUUUUAAGGGCUGGCCCUUAUUCAGGGGACCAGGGCAGAUAGUAUAUUUGCUCUUCCUCCCCAACUCUGGCAGAAAUUAACUGGACUCUAACCCCACUAUGUUAAAGCCCUUGGGCUACCAAGGGCUCAAGGAACAAGCUGUGACAAACAGGAACCAUGUCUAGGGGUGCACACCCCAUGACCCAAAGCUCGAGCCUUGUGCUCCCCAGGGGAGCCAUGCGUGUGUGUCAUGUUACUGACAUCUUGCUUUUGUGUUUAAGUAUGUGUGUAUCUCGCCACAGUUGGUGCUGAAAAGUUAUCUGUGUUCGACUGACAUUUAACACUCCCUCCCUGAUUUCCUCCCAGCCCUGUGGGCCAGUGAGGGGGGCCUUGGAAACAGCACUUUAUAUUUAUAUAGAACAUUGAGGAUGUGCCAAUAAAAACAGUGUUUUGUUUAAAAAA